UAUUACGACAGUGAGAACAUCACCGAGCACCAGCGAGGCUUUCGACAGCGUUAUGAUAUGGACAAUAUUCAAUACAUGGAAUAUCCCUAGGGACACCGCGAAUACCUCUAUCAGGUCUUUGGCUUUAACGAAAAGACCAGUAGUACUUCCGAACAAACCCGAGUCACCCAGGACUUGGGGCCGUCUUCUCACGUUCCCGAACACCCUCCAGCACCGCGUCUCUCCCUUUUCUCUGGCCGACAAUACCAAGCCCGGCCAUCGCAAGAUCCUCGCGCUUUUUCUGGUCGAUCCAAACCUACGAAUAAUCUCAUCGGCAAAUGUGCCUCCCCAGGAUGAAUUGUGGUGGAAGAGGAAGGAAGUUGUCGAUCAACGCUUGGAUGCCAUGAGACUAUUGAAGAAGCGAAGGAUAACCGAUUGA